AUGCCGUCCUUAAUCAGGUCAGGCUUGUGGCUGCUGGUCGCCAAAGCCAGCAAUGCCUUCGAUAUCAUCCCUCAGUUUCCCGAUCCCAUGGCGACCUCCGUUCCUUACCUCGAGGAGCGUGAUGUAGAUUCGAUGGUAGGAGUUUUCAUCACGAACGGCCAGUAUCAAACAAUGUACUGCAAUCCAGGACGAACCCCAAUCGAUGUCAGCGGACGGGUAUUGUGUUCCUCGCCAGGCCUGGAUCCCUCUAACGCAUCGACGCCCGUGACGGCAUGUUCAGAUUCGUUCGCCCUUUUUGGUACUACAUCGGUCGCCUGUACAUACCCGACUACAUGCGGCAGUAUGAGACUCCUGCUAAGUACUAAUGCUGCGUCGACUGAGACGUGGAUCGCAUGCGGCAGCGCUUUACCAGCCACAAUCUAUCGAAAUCCUCCACCGAUCACAUCCGGAGCCACCACCACCACCUCCAGUUCUUCUACCAUGACUUCAACGACUUCCACGACUUCCACUUCACCUCCUCCACCACCCCCCUCCCCCUCAAGCAAAGCUUGGAUCGCCGGGCCAGUCAUCGGCGGUGUGGUAGGCCUUGCUCUCAUCGGAGUCCUGGUAUGGUGGCUCAUGAGACGGAGGAGGCGAAGAGCUCAAGCUCAGCAGCCCGUGUCGCAGGUCGCCCAGACCUCCGAGGUUCCAAAAACCGGAUCGCCUGCCAUCACCUCUCAAUGGUCUUCUCCAGCACCAACAUACGGCUCUCCUCACAAUGGAUACGCCCCUACCUCCCCUACCGGGGCGGCAGUGCCCCCUUACCCCCCGGGGCCAGGCUCACCUUCUCAGAUGUCCUCAUAUGGGCAGGGUCCUUCCCCAGUCCACGGUGUCUCCCCUCCCCCUGGCCAAUACGCUCCGCAGCCCCAAUGGCAAGCACCCGCACUCAUUCACGAGAUGCCUACGCAGAACUAUGACGGUCCGGUCGAAUUAAGCGGCAAUACCGGCUCUGCUGGAUCUGGUCCGUUUGAGGCCCCACCCUCGAGUAAAUAG